GUUUUGGUUUUGUUUUUUUUUUUUUGUUUGUUUGUUUGUUUUGUUUUUUUCAAAUGAAACAGUUUCUUAACAGAUUUCCUCUGUAGAUGUGCCCGGAGCAGCAGCAAGCGGAGUCCUGCAGCUUUGGGAGAGCCGGCGGGUGGCGGGGACGGACGGCCGCAAGAAGGCUCACUGUGUGCUCAGCACUGUCUGAAUAACUUGCUACAAGGGGAAUAUUUUAGUCCUGUUGAGUUAUCCUCUAUUGCACAGCAGUUGGAUGAGGAAGAAAGAAUGAGAAUGGCAGAGGGAGGAGUGUCUAGUGAAGAAUAUAGAACAUUUUUACAGCAGCCUUCUGUAAAUAUGGAUGAUAGUGGAUUCUUCUCAAUUCAAGUAAUAAGCAAUGCCUUGAAAGUUUGGGGUUUAGAACUAAUCCUCUUCAACAGCCCAGAGUAUCAGAGGCUUGGGAUCGACCCUAUAAAUGAAAAAUCAUUUAUUUGUAAUUAUAAGGAACACUGGUUUACAGUUCGAAAGUUAGGAAAACAGUGGUUUAACUUGAACUCUCUCUUGAUGGGUCCAGAACUAAUAUCAGAUACAUAUCUUGCACUUUUCUUGGCUCAAUUACAACAGGAAGGUUAUUCCAUAUUUGUAGUAAAAGGUGACCUGCCAGACUGUGAGGCUGAUCAGCUAUUGCAGAUGAUUCGGGUACAGCAGAUACAGCGACCAAAACUAAUUGGAGAAGAGACUGCACAAUCGAGAGAUCAGAGACUAUCCAGAAGUGAUGUGGACCAAGCAAUAGACGUUAACCAUCCUUUUGAUGGAACAGGCAUGUUAGAUGAAGAUGAAGAGAAUUUUCAGAGAGCCCUGGCUCUAAGUAGGCAGGAAAUUGAUAUGGAAGAUGAAGAAGCUGAUCUUCGCAGAGCCAUUCAACUCAGCAUGCAAGGUAGUCGUCGAAGUGAGUUCUCGGACUCAUUACCACAGAAUGUUCCUCAGUCGCCUCACACCAGCCAAACAGACUCCCUUUCUUCAGAAGAGCUGCGGAGGAGAAGACAAGCAUAUUUUGAAAAGCAGCAACAACAGCUACAGCAGCAAGAUCGGACCCCGAACCUACGUGAUAAGCCAACUCUAAGCUCAAGCACUCCAGAAGCUGACCCAGGAGGUGAUAUGAGUGAAGAAGACAUGCUUCAAGCAGCUAUGAAUAUGUCUCUCGAAUCUGUUAGAAACCACUUGAAUACAGAGGAGGAGAAAUGACAACUUUUUUUUUUCCCCCCUCUUAUUGCUAAAACACUACGUCUCCAUUAUAAUUUUACAGUGUGGAUGUUGCACAAACAGGGUUCAUUUCAGAGUUCUGGAAGCAGGAAUGGAAGGGGGGGUCUAGAGGUCAGGGUUUAGAGGGAAUCUGCAAAUACAAAAAAAGAUUGCACUAAUUUAGAGAACUACUAGAGAACAUCUGUUCAUAGAAGUAGCUGUAUUAAAAUUUACUUAAACUAUUCACAUGAACAAAGUUAGACACAUGUAGCACCUGUAACUUGCAAUUAAAAAGCAAGUUUAAAUUCUUUUGAAGAAUUCUGUAGAAAAUACUAAAGGUGCUGAAAACCAGCAUCAACUGAUUUCCUUCAGUACUAAUGGAAAAAGAAACAAGUAAUAAGUUGUGCUUCUUUAUAAGAAAUCACUUAAAAUCGGAAAAAUAAUUCUAUCUUAGAUAAUUUAUUUUGUGAUUGUUUAUUUUGAAUGACUUAAUGUCAACUUUUUGAUCCUGCUGUCCACUUUUGAAAUCACUCAUUCUGCAGGAGAAACAUGAAUCCAUAAAUUUCAUACUUUGCAAUUCAAGAGAAACCCUUCAGUGUAUUGUUGAUUCCAUUACUCCUGAAUCUUUCAGUGACUUCUGAACUUCUAACACUUUCUGGUUUUACUUUGUUUCAACUGUAAAGUUUUCAGAUCCAAGUUUAAAGUUAGGAUUUUUGCAUUGCCCUGUUGUCUUUUGGCAGAUAACUUGCUGCCUUUGGUUUGGUUUUUUUUUUUGGUUUUGUUCUCUUAUACUCUUUUAUUAGUCAUUACUAUAAAAGUAGCAUAUAAUCAGUUGGGUUAAACAGGUUUUCUUUUCUACCUCUUCUGGAGUCUUUUUCCUUCUUCAAGCUCAACCCUUCAUUCUGGCCUUUCACUAUGAAAGAGCUGUAACUGAGUCUAGGAGAAAGGAGGAGGGGAUUUAGGUGCCAUAAAGUCAGUGCCACACACAUAAGGUGCAUUCCUGCAGUCUGAAAUGACCCCUGUGCAAGUAGCUCUUUUAAGAAUGAAUAUUUAUGUCUGUGUGGAUGUUCUUUCUGAAGUGCUUUUUAUGAGUGUCUGUCAGAAUGUCGCAGCUUUGUCAGGAAUGGCCUUUAUUCACGCACCUUACAAUUUUUUAUCAUGCUGUUUCUGAUCCUGAGAAGAAUUGGGGAGCAAGGUAUGUGAGAUGUCUUACAACCAAUAGCAUAAGCUAUUUGCUUUGAUAUCCAGGAUGAAUGUGUAACAGGGUGACCAAGCUUGACUUACAACUUCAGUGCAACAAUUGAUAUGUUUAAUUUUCCUAAAUGGUGCUUGAAAUACAAAUUCUGUUUACAUAUAAAUUAUAUGGAAACAUGCUGUAGAUAGGGUACGUAAGCUGUAGUCCAGUUAAUGCAUUAACAGUUAGCACAGGCAUUCUAAGAAUCUUUUGAAGAUAACCCCAAAUUUCUUUAUCCCAAUAUUCUAAGUUAUAUCAUUGCACAAUAGUUACAUUUAAUUAAAAUUAGUAUGAAAUGAAUGGUGGCUAGAUGGAAAUACACAUUCAGCAUCAAAUCGUACUGUACAUGAAAGGGCUCUUACCUCUCAGUAAAGAUUUGUUUACAGCAAUGUUUUUUUGAUAGUUUAGUAUAUUAUUACAUUAUCCAUAUUUGGGCAAAAUUCUGGUUUCCUUACCUGUGUGCUGAACUCCCACCAGUGUUAACAGAACUACUGGUAUAUAUAAGACAGUAUGGAUUUUGAGAUGAGACAGCGCUACUUUUAAAAAACUUGAUUUUAAUUCUUUUGUUUGUUUGUGUUUUUUUUUUUUUUUUUAAUAAUCCUGUCAUGCACAUUAAUUAUAAUGUUUGUAAUGUCUCUAAUACAGCUAAACAAUGGCUUAAAAAGUCCAUGUGUGCAUAUGCCAUUUUGAAAUGCUAUAUUUUUCAGGAUAUAAAUUUCUGCUUUCAGUUUAAAAUUUAUAUGAAACUGAAAACAGGAAAGGAAUCUCUAAAGCACUGAAUUAUUUCUUUGCUCAUCCGUAAAUUAUCCACAGCUUUAAUUUCCCUUCUUUUGUUGUGCCAUAAACUGAUUCUGAAAUAAGAUUCUCAUUUUUAUAAAUAGGUAUAGGCUGACAAUAUGAUACCAGUACUUGGAACCUUGGACCUUUUAUCAUUUAUUAUGAGAAUAUAAUAAAAAUGUAUUAUUUCUGUAGCUUUAUAGUGUAGCAGCCCUAUGUUAAAAAAAAAAAAUAUAGCCUCUUGAAUUGCAUUAACUGUAACCCAUGACAAUUACAUGGAUUUUUAAUCACUAAAGCAUGGAGGUUUGCAUUUGAACUUUCAUGUCACUUUGUCAGUUACUUCAUCACUCAUGUGUUUUAAUAUGUAAGGAAUAUAAAGUAACAGUGCCUGAAAAGCACAACUGUGUCAGUUAUUACAGGGCUAACCAUAUUCCUUUCUGUGUAGAAACUGUCACUACAAAUACCAAUUCAAUUCUUCAGAGGUAUGUCGAGUUUAAUGAAGUAGGCGUUUCUGCCUUAGUCAAGCAGUUAAGAGGUAGCAAUUUAAGCUACGUAUGUUAAUUGCACCAAAGGAAGAGACUAAGACUCAUAGUACGUAUUUUAUAACCCAGACCUAAAGUUCAAAAUAUGUGGACCUGACAAAGAGCUGUCAUUAAAAUGCCAAUCUCGUUUUUUGGUGUGCAUUCUUCCAGUGAUAAACAGUUCUCAAUGUGUCUGAACUAUGCUCAGAAGGCAUUUUCUAAUUUAGAGCCUGUUCCUGCUGUUAUCUAUUCUGUCAAGCUGAUGGGGUUUUUUUCCCAUGUUGUAGCUCUAGGCCAAAGUCCAAUGUAAAGGAGCAGAAAUGGAUUUUUUUUUUUUUUUUUAUUACAGUAUGAUAUUUGAGAGAAUUCCAGGCUUUAUUCAUCCAACAGAUUUUUAUAGUCUUCCUCACAGUGAACAGUCCAUGUGAUGUAACUUGUGUUUUUCUGCCUAUAGAAAUCAAAGGGGUAGGGGGAAUGAGGGAUACUUACAUUAAAUAUCUUCCAAAAUUAGUUCUGUAAGUAUAAUUCUGUAAACUGCUUUCACGGUCUUGUAAUGAGGGCAGGAAGAAAGCGUUGUAAUGCAGUCAUGCUUGCAUGCAAUUCAUGUUAGGCACAGCAGAUAUAACUUAUUUAAAUGUUCAUGUUUUUCUGGGCUUGAAACUAAUCUGAUACAAUACUGGCUUACUCUCCUAAAUUUGUGCUCCUUGUGGCCUUCAAACAACUUCCAAGUUUAAAUGUAACUUUCAGCUAAGGUACUCUUACUAUUUUUCAUACUUAAUUACUUUUCAGACUACUUAAAAAAAAUAAAUAAGAUACAAAGUUAAAUCUCCAAUGUGUUUUAAUGUUGGACUACUGCUUCUGUUACAAAUCUGUAAAAUGGCUUCUGCACAUGUCUAGUAAACAAUUCUAUUUCUAUAUCUCAGACAAAUACUGUAAUUUGCAAGCUGCUUUAUUACAAAAAUGACAAUUAGGCUUUUAAAAAUGAACAAGAACAUGUUACAGUUCUAAAAUGUGAAUUUUUCUAAAAUUUAGUAUUGCUUCAAAUAAUGAUAAAAAUGUACAAAUGGUGGCCUUUUUACUGAGAAAUAUGGGGAAUGGGACUGGAGAACUCUAGAACUCAGGCUUACAAGGAAGUAUUAUCGUGCAAUUCAUGUUACUAGCGCAUAAUUUAAAAGGAAUCAAAAAAAGAAUCCAAGGAAAAGAAAAAUUGAAGCGGAAAUAUUUUUUUAAGGGCUUAGAUAUAAAAUUAUGUUGCUCAUUUGGUAAGCCAUUACUGUCAUGCAUAAAACAAACGUAACGCCUGGGAAAUCUUCAUAGUUACUCACAAAUCUUUUUUAAAAAAAGAAAAAAAGUCUCAACAGAUAAUACGUAUGUACCCAUUCCCCACGUAAACAUAAUCAGUUGUUCAAGUAAGAACAAUACGUGAUACAUUCGAACUGGCCUGGUCCAAAUACUCCAUUCUUCAGUUUCAAAUCACUAGCUUUGUGUUGUAUCCAGGUUUGCAUCUUAAAAGCAUGAGCUGUUUUGCAAUAAAUGUUUUUUUAACCUGCAUACACACAUUUUGCCUUAUUUGCAUUUCGGAUAUGGAGUGAAUGCUUUAGUAUUUAACCUGCCAUAUUCACCUCCUUCCCCAAUUACAGUUCUUCAGAAUGUUAAAGUACAUGUGACUUUUCAACUGCUUUUACCAAUGAAAAUGUUUUUAUCUUCUUUGUUAAGAAAAGCAAAUAAUUGUUACUACACUUGCGUUAUUUUUUUUGAUCUCUGCCCACAGUAUAGCCACUGUGUGAAUUCAGGAGGGGAAAUUUAUAGGGGAUUUGGAACAGAAAGAGAUAUAAUAUUUAAAUGCCACUGUGCAAAAAAAAAAAAAAAGGGAAAACCUUGGUACUGUCAUUAAAGCAUGCAAGCAUUGAUAAAAUUUUAUUUUUUGCUACAUGAAAUCUCGUGUACAAAACAUUGUAAAGUUGGAAUUUUGUAAGGGAGUAUUUUUUUUUUUUCAUCUCUUGCCUAAUAGUUGCGUAUUUUAGAAAUAAUCUUCAGUAAUAGAUUUUUUUUUUUGUCAUGAGACUGCUUUCAGUAUCAUGUCUUUGGCUUUGGAUUCCUAUACAAUUUUUGUCUAUUUUGUGUAUAUAAAGAGAUAAUAUUGAAAAGAUUAAAAAAGGAAAGCUGAAAUGCUUUUGUUUUGACUGGAAAAUGGCAGUGCUGUUUGAUAUUUUGAAAAUGCUCUCCAAAUAUAUAUGGUUGUAUUUGAUAUCACUUUUUUAAAUAAAUAAGAUUAUAGCUUCCAAUGUUUCUCUCUUGACCCGAGUGUUUGCAUAUGUGCUUUCCCUUUUAUGUGGAUUUGGCACAGAGUCAUCAAACAUGAAGAGCUUCUCUUUGUUAUCAGUGGGCUUUGCAACCGAUACUGUGAAUGUACAGUACCAGUGAGGUAAUCUUCUGUUGCGCAUAACUGACAUUUAGUCAUCUCUGAGGUCUUUUCAUCUGUUGAUACUCCAAAAUUUGUGUAAAGACACUCCCAUUAGGAAGAAGGUCGGUGCUGAUUGUUGUUAUGCUACGUCUUUUAAAAUUGCAUGCUUUCUAAUUUUAAAAUAAGAUAUUGUUUCCUAUUUUGCUACCAGACUACACAUUUUUUUGUGACAUAAUGUACUGUUUUUAUAUCUUAGUCAAUCCACAGGAGUAUAUUGGAUGAUUUCUGUGCAUUUUAUCAACAGUAGAUGACACCAGUCAGCUAAAAACUGGUUUGCAAUGUUAAAUAGUCAGUUUCUAGUUUUUCAAGAAUAGUAAUUAAAAAAAGUGGGGGGGAAAAGCCCUCUGUGCUAUUUCAUUGGCUUCUUGACUGACUUGGCAUUAUAAAAUGAACCAUACUAGGAGACAUUUUUAUCUCUAAAUUUUUUUAAAAGUCUGGAGGACAUCCCUGGUCUUAUUUUAAAAAAAUGUUAAGACAGUUUCCCAUAAAAAGUAUCCAUCUUUUAUCUCAAGUGGACUCAUACGGUUUUUGUUAAACAAUGGUAUAGGGUGUUUUGAGCAUUGUAAACUUUUCAUCUCCAUUAAACCCAAUGUUUUAAAUUA